AUGGAGGAGUUCGUAGUGAGAAUCUACAACUGUAUCUUCGGACCAGCCGGGCGUCGUGCAGAGCCGUUUCUGAAUUUUCUGGCCGAUGUUGUGCAGCUGGACGUUGAACUUCACUCCGAUGCAACCUCGACUUACCUAGAAUUAUCGCUCCAAGUGUUUUGUAAGAUUAUCGAGCUGAACUCGACUGCAUUCAUUCAGGAGCCGUUGAAGCCGGUAGCGAGGCGAUUUUACGACCUCUUCAUGAUCCUUCACGCCUUGAAGACUGCUGGGUCACUAGACCUAUCACGGCAUCAUUUAGAAGUAUUACAACGCCGGCUGAAGAUUGGAGCCGCCCUACCACCUUUGCUGGGAAGCUCAAAGCCUCUACAAACCUAUAAAUCUCCUGUAACCUUUGUCACUCCGAAAGACCCGCCUGGUGGUCGCCACGACAACGAUCAUGCAGAUAUCUGCAGUGUCCAAAUUUUGCCUACUUUCCAGGAGAUAAUGAGUCCACGUUCAGAAUAUCUCCCCGGGAAACACCCGCAACAGUGGCAUAUUGGUGGUCUUGCCGGGCUCUUGGACCGAAACUUUCGGCUGCUGAGGGAAGACACCAUCGGUCAGCUUCGAGACGUUAUUCAUGCCGAGCUGAUGCCCAGCCACUUAAGACAAGUGCAGAGGAGCCAAGUUCGGACCAAUGUCUAUCAGAACGUCCAGGUGCGGGGCCUGGAUUUCGAUCGUUUGACGGGAUUACAGUUCGUCGUCCAGUUUGCACAGCCGUUGAACGUCAGGACCAUGUCGGAGGCUCACCGCAGAGAAUGGUGGGAGCUAUCGAAAAGACUACAAUCCAGUGCUCUCGUCUGCCUCACGGAUCACCAAGGAUUCGCCAUCUUUUGCACUGUCGCCGGGCCAGAGCGGCCCAGAACGGAUGGGAGGCAAGAACGGCGGCAGAGGAAGGUCUCCUCGCUGUGGAAGGAGGCGAGCGUUGUAUCUGUGACCAUGGAGCCGCGCCACAGCAACCGCGCGGUCUCGCUGAUUGAGUUUCCUGGCAUUUUAUUGCCAUCAUUCCAACCAACCUUGAAGGCACUUCAGUCAAUGAAGAAAGCUGCAGACCUUCCGAUGUCCGAAUUCCUCGCCCCAGACGAGAUGCUUACCGGCCUAGUGGAUAUGCCACCUCCUAAGUAUGCGGCAGUGCCAGGGUUUAGUUUCAACCUACGCUGUCUCAUGAACGACCAGUCAGACCUUCUCCUGAGCCCGUCGCAACCGCUUGACUUGAAGAAGCUCCAAGAGAAGUCUACCCUUGAUGAUGCGCAGGCACAAGCCCUUGUCCACACCCUUCAGCGAAAGAUAGGACUCAUUCAAGGCCCACCAGGGACGGGCAAAAGCUAUACUGGAGUCGCUCUCAUAAAGGUCCUGCUAGCCAACAAAGCAAAAGUAAAGCCACGACUUGGCCCCAUCAUAUGUGUCUGCUACACAAAUCACGCUCUCGAUCAGCUUCUAGAAGACCUAUUGGACGAUAAAAUCACGACCCAAAUUAUCCGUAUCGGCUCGCAGUCCAAGUCAGAAAGACUGCAGCCGCUCAAUCUCAGAACCGUGGCUCGGCAGAUUGACAAAACUAGGUUGGAGAAGCAGGAGCAGUGGAAGCUACAAAUGAACUUCGACGAAUACGAAAACAGUUUCGAUGCACUCAGACUAGAUGCAAUAGGCACCGAUCGAAGCUUAGAAUUCCAUCUAAAGCGAAACCAUCCUCGCCACUUUAGCCAACUGUUCGACAAGGACGAGGAUGGUUUCGAGAAGGUUACUGGCCGGCGCCGUCAACACCUUCUACAGACGUGGCUCAGAUCUGGUCCAGCAACUAAGGGGCAGCAGCGUGCGGUGAACGACCUUCUGGAGGUCCCUGUGGACAACAUGACGUCCAAGGAACGCAGGAUCCUAUACGAACAUUGGAUCAGGGAAAGUAGAGAAGAACUUCAUACUCAAGCUCACUCGAUCUUGACUUCGCACCAGGAAAACAAAGCAUCCUAUGACAAGAUCCGAGACGAGCUAGAUCUGCGAUGCUUGCGCAAUGCUGAUGUUAUAGGAGUCACGACGACUGGCUUAGCCCGCAAUCUUAAUAUGCUGCGCAGACUACAAUCGAAAGUGAUCAUGUGUGAGGAGGCUGGUGAGGUCCUAGAAGCUCAUUUGCUCACCUCACUUUUGCCAUCGGCCGAGCAUGUCAUUCUAAUCGGAGAUCAUCAGCAGCUUCGGCCUCAAAUCCAGAACUACGGACUUUCUCGAGAGAACAGAGCAGGACAGCAAUACUCCUUGGAUCGCUCCCUGUUUGAACGACUUGUCGAACCGGAUGAUGACGCUGGCAUAAGGCUUCCAUUCUCUACACUGGAAACACAACGACGAAUGCAUCCCUCAAUCGCACAGCUGGUCCGAGACACAUUGUACCCUCGCUUACAAGAUGCACCUUCAGUUAGCCUGUAUCCCGAAGUUGCAGGGAUGAGAAAGAGGCUUUUCUGGCUUGACCACCGACGGCCUGAAGGCAACUCUUCGGUCCAGGAUGCCAUGGCAACAUCUCACUGGAAUGAUCACGAGAUUGAAUUGACACUGGCCCUGGUGAAUCACCUGCUCCGUCAAGGAGAAUACCAAGCCGGUGACAUAGCUGUUCUGACUCCAUAUCUUGGUCAGCUUCAUCGAAUGAGGCGUAAACUGAGCCAAGCGUUCACGAUCACCUUGGGAGAAAGAGACCAGGACGACCUCGACAAGGCAGGCUUCACAGAAGACGAAAGACCGACGACACCGAGCGCAGUGUCCAGAUCAACUCUCCUGCAAGCACUGAGAGUCGCGACUAUUGACAAUUUCCAGGGUGAGGAGGCAAAGGUGGUGGUGAUCUCUCUGGUUAGAAGCAACGAUCAAAAUCGAUGUGGCUUCCUCCGCACGCCAAAUCGCAUCAAUGUUUUGCUUUCACGCGCACAGCAUGGAAUGUAUAUCAUCGGUAACUCGGAAACCUCAAGGGGUGUGGAUAUGUGGCAUAAGGUCCUUAACAUCUUCGAAGGACAUGAUAAUUUUGGCACAAGCUUAGAGCUCAAGUGCCCCCGCCACCCUUCUACGCCUAUCACUGUAUCACAGCCGGACGACUUCGUGCAAUUUUCGCCUGAAGGAGGUUGCAGUCUGCGAUGCGGCAAGCGUUUACAGUUCAAGGGCCACCUGACCAUCAAAUCCGAUUGA